CGAUGCCUGGCUGCAGGAGUUCAUUGGUCCAGCACUCUACGCCACACUGCACCAGAGCUUCCCCAGCGAACGGUACCAUAUCCGACAGAACUUUCUCAAGUUGAAGGAGAGCGUAGCCACAUCCCACGUACUCGAUCUAGACGCAUUGUAUAACUGUGAUGUAGACAUCAACCUACGUGAGUUGUGCAUGCAGUACAACAACAGGUACGAUAAGUGCGCUGGGGCGAAGGGCGUCAGCGCACGCGGUCAGACACGCGUGGAGUUGUCGCAGGGAGUGAUGGCUACGUUCUACGAUAAGACGGCGGAUUUGGCUGUAGCUCGGUAG